UAUAGUCUUAUGGUGGAGGAUGUGGGGUGACUGCUUUGCAACUAUCUUAUUUCUUAUCAUCAGCUGAACCACAGCUUACUCUAAAAAGUUGUGUUUUCCAAUAACUUUCAAAAUCAGUUUAAUUAGAAGGGGAAAAGUAAGUUUGGGUUUUUUAAAAAAAUAUACAUAUGUUCUAAAUUUCUCCAGAUCCCCAAGAUUUCCAAGUUAUUAUGAAACAUUCAUCAUGAUAUCUGGAAAUCAUUAUGCUUUUUGGACUAAGGGUUCACACAUGUUUCCUUCAUAAUCUCUAAGCUUUUAUUCCCUACUCAAAAGUAUUUUCUCCAAUGCAGAGUCAUUUACACAAAGUCAUUCUUUAUUCCCUGGUAGAUGGUAGUGAGACAGGGAACCGGCAGCACUGCUGUGCUCAUAAUACCAGAGAGCUAUUUUUGUUUAAUAAAAAAAAAGCAAAUGCAAUUUUUUACGGGGACUAGAGAUCUUUACUUUCAAAGAGGUUGCGUUCCUACUAUUUCCCCUGCCAAGAAACCAUCUUGGAGCUCUAAUUCAAAGGCAGCUACAGCCUUGGCUGGGGAGCUAUCAGACAGUUACACACGUUUACAACAACAGGAGAGAACCAGGCAGACAAAAGGUGACUGCAAAUCGCAUCAUGGCAUCAGGAGCUCUGCAAUUCUUCGCAUUCGUCCUCGCCUUGUUUGGUGUGUUUGGCGCAAUCACAGCCACCUUACUGCCCAACUGGAAAGUGAGCGCAGACAUGGGUUCAAACAUCAUCACAGCCAUAACUCAGAUGCAAGGGCUCUGGAUGGACUGCACAUGGUACAGCACUGGGAUGUUUAGCUGCACACUGAAAUACUCCAUUCUUUCUCUCCCUGUUUACAUCCAAGCGGCACGGACCACCAUGGUUUUGUCUUGUAUUCUCUCCUCUUUUGGGAUCUGCCUUGCCACAGUUGGGAUGAAGUGCACCCGGCUUGGAGGGAACAGAGACACCAAAAGCCACACUUCAUUUGCAGGAGGAGUCUUCUUUAUCCUCGCAGGAAUAUUUGGCUUGAUACCAACAGCCUGGUACACCAGAGAGAUCAUUUCAAAUUUCCUGGACCCAAACAUCCCAGAAAGCAAUAAACAUGAACCAGGAGGAGCAGUUUACAUCGGAUUCAUUUCAGCAGGACUUCUGCUUGCUGCAGGUGCCAUCUUUGGCACUUCCUGUUUGAGAAAACAGCAGAGGGCCUGGAUUUACCCCAACAAACCACAGCAACCCUUCCCAGGAGCUCAGCAAGAAAACACAUCAGGUUACAACCUGAAGGACUAUGUGUAAAUACAGUUGGGGAGGGGGGACAGAUCUGUUUAUUGUAUUUUUGUUGUGAUUUUAAAUAACAACAAUUUUCUCUUCUCAA